CCUAAUUUUUUACAUUCAAUCAUAUUCACGCAUAGUCUGAUAUCAUGGAGAAAGGGCCAUCGUUUUUUUAUCAAAACAUUACCAACAAUUAUGAUGGCGGGGAAAAACCGGAGAAAUUGCAUGAUGUGUGCGACGUGUCGGCCGAUUUUGAUGUUACAGCCUUGCAUGUUUUAGAGGCUGCGCUUGCUUUGAACCGUCUGCGCGAGGCGGCCCAUAUCGAAAUCACUCGGAUGGAAGGAGAUACUGUACGAAAUGCAGAUAAUGGACAAACAUCAUCCCCUGCGUCAUUAGAAAUGAAUGCAGCUUUUUCGCCUGGCUUGAGGGACAGAGAUAAAAAAAUUAACUCUGAAGAGAGAUUCUACAAGGCUCCAGGCUACAGGCAGAAAACUAACCCACCUCUUCCACAAGCUUCCAGUUCAUCUAAAGGCGAGUCUCAAAAGAGUGAAUCAGAGCAAAAGAAGGAUAAGAAGCAUGAUGGGAAGCCGCCGACAGAAACGCGUUCAAAGGAGAGCAAGGCAACAGACACGAAAAAGGAGGCAAAGAAGUCACCAAAAUCAGCUGACAAAGAUGACAGGGCUGAUGCAAAAUCCAGCUCAAAGAGGAGCACCAGAAGAAGGUCAUCAAGAGUUCUUGAAAAGUCUAAAGGCCAAACAGAUCAUUUAACAGAGAAGGCUGAACCCAAAAGGGAUGCUGACAGUUUGCAAGAGAAAGUUGCCAAACCCAUUUCUGCAGGCUGUGUGGAUGCUACUGGGGAAGCAGCCCAGACACAACCUGAGGAGCGAGAUGUCAAAGCUGACACACCAAAGCCAACAAGGGAAAAUGAAAACUCAGGAAGGCGUUCUGAGGGAAAGAAGAAAAGUAUUGAUUCUACAGAGGCAACUAUAAUAGUCGAGACAAGAAAAGUCAUGGAGCCUGAAGAAAAAGCAAAGCCAGCAGUUAGCUCUGGAGAGCUGCAGAUGAUACAGGGGGAGCCACUGACUACGGAGUCUAAAGAAAAAGCAAAGCCAGCAGCUACCUCAGGAGAACUGCAAAUGAUACAGGUGGAGCCACUGGCACCCCAUCCUGUGGAUGCUAAAAAUGUGGUGGAUGUAUUGCACAGCCAAUAUUUGGAAUUGAUAGCCAGCAUAGAACCUCCACCAGAGCAACCACUAGAAGAGAAAGUUGAAGUAAAUUUGCAAGACCAUCAAAGAAGCUAUGCUCAACAAUAUCUCGCCGAGUCUGCAGGAAUGAGGUAUCCAAGCCAGCAAAGAGGUGAAAAGGUUGUGCUCGACCAAGAAGUCAUGCAAGACUAUAGAAGGGUCUUUAACUUCUGGGAACAUCAAAACAAAAAAUAUUCUGAAGCCAAAGAAAAGGAAUCAAGCGUGAUUACGGUUGUGGAUGGAGACUUGUUUUCCGCAACCUGCUCGUUGGCUCAUUGCGUCUCGGAGGACUUUCGCAUGAGUUCUGGCAUCGCUGUGCCCUUUCGCAGGCGCUUUGGACAUGUGGCUGAACUGCUCAACCAACGCAAAACCAGCGGAGAGGUCGCAGUGCUGAAAAACGGAAACCGAUUCAUCUACUACCUGGUGACAAAAGAGCUAUACAUGAGCAAACCUGAGGGCCUCUUCCGGAUAUGGCAAUGCUUGGCCGCAAUGAGGGAACACGCUAUGCUGUACGGGGUGCAGGAUAUUGCCAUGCCAAAGAUUGGAUGCGGCAAGGACCACAUGCAUUGGCCAGACGUGGCCAAUGCAAUCCAGACAACCUUUGCCAACACUGGGAUCAGAAUCACUGUGUAUCAAAUGCAGUCAGAUCCGAUUCCAGCAGUCUGCUGGCCCCAAUUGCCUCCUCUGAAGCGUCCGGCUCCAUUCCCGCCAAACUUGUCCACCCCUCCCCCCGCUAAGCGACCCAAUGCUGAAUGCUGGCUGCCUGCUCCACAGGAGCCCAAUUCUAUGCGCACCCUGUAUGUGCAGCACGUUCUCACCAGCAACAUACUGGACGCAAGGCCGCCGAUUGUGCGCAUCUUUUUGGCCUCUAGCAAGUCGUGUCCUCCGGAAGAUAGUGCCGCCAUGCUGAACGCGACCUUCAAGUUCUGGAAUGAGUUCAUGCUGAAGGAGCGGCUGUUGGGCACCAACGUGCCCCUCUUUGCGGGCCAAAUCAACGCGUUGGUGGUGCGAGACGAUCCUAAGGAAAUGAUUAACUAUCAGGCUCUGCACAAGGCUGCCAAAGACCUGGCCAAGAUGACCAGCGCGCUUGGCAUUCAGCGGCUAGCCAUUCAAGGAUUUUCCUUGCCCAACGAUAAAAUGGCCACAUUCAAGGUUAUCACCAUUCUAAGACUUGCUAUGGUCAACCAAAGCCUUACUCUGUUCGUCCAUUGGUCUGAGGAUCCACCUUAUGCUCACCUCAUCAGGCACUACCAACAGCUCCACAACCAACAAAGCCAGCAAUCUCAAGAGCAAAUUGUCCAACCUGUUUUGGGUCCAGACGAGUAUGAUUACUAGAUGUGCCAAGUUGUGAUAAGUGGCUGACAGUAAUGUCUUUCUGAAAGUAAGUGAACUAAUUUUAUGAUACUUCCGAUACUUCAAUUAAUUCAAGGAUGUUGUGUAUGGUAAAUUCACUGCUCACUAGAGUCUAAGUGUUUAAUGCAAUCAGAACACAUUUAUUUUCAUGAGGUCAAUUUGUUUGUAGGCAUUAAUUCAUAUGUCUUUGUUGAUACUUAAUUAAAUGCUUUCGAGGAUGUCUUGAAAGGAUAAUUUUAUUUACUAUCAAUUUGAUGGAAAGCUGAUUAAUGAGGCUUAAAACAAUGUUAUUAUAGUUUUGUUCUAAUUUAGCAACACAUGCUCAAACGUGGAAUUUAAUUUAGAAACUAAUGUGUAAGAUCUCAUGGUAUGUAUUAUUUUUGACACAUUUGAAGCAAUAAAUUUGCAAGAUUGCAAUUAUUCUUA